AUUGUACAACCCAAGCAGGUAAGGUUGGGUUGGUCAGAGCACUGAUAUACAAGAGGCUUUUCCAAGGAUAAAGUCUAUCAAUCUGCACACACUCAUUCAACUCCUAUCCAGAAAGCAUAUUACCUGACAGAUACCUCUCUUGCAAUAACCUUUCUUGAAAGGAUAAUCCCGCGACUCUUGAACAAGAUGGCCACCACCAUGAACCCACAGCCCGUCCCAGAGACAUUCGCAUCGUCAUAUGCCUCUGAGAAGACCCAACUCAGCAUUGUAGAAGAGGUCCAAGCGAACCAGAAGCAUCUCCGCGACCGUCUCGCCGGAGCAAUUUCGAAAAGCCCAGCCAACAUCCCGGCUUCUGCCCUGCCGUCUGUGCCAUUGAUUGACAUUGGCCCAUCGAUCGGUGGCACCUUGGAGUCCAAAAAGGCCGUCGCUGCUCAGAUCCGCGAAGCCUGCCUGACGACCGGAUUCUUCCAAAUCAGCAACCAUGGCGUCACCAAGGAAGCCAUGGACAGCGUCCUGAAGCAAGCUGAACGCUACUUCCACGAGUUGACCGAGGAGCAGAAGCUGGCCAUGCACAUCAAGAACUCUCCUCUGUUCCGCGGCUACGAGCCCCAUGACUGGUCGUACGUCAACCCAGAUGAUAGUGCCGGUAGUGCAGUGAAGGAAACAAAGGAGUGUUUCAACUGGGGCUACGAACAGUCAUUUGACCCGACCGGCGGAGACGGGAAAUAUCACGAGAUUGACGGGUCGGUACCAAAGACCGAAAAUGCUGGCAACCUCUGGCCUUCUGAGGAAGAACUGCCUGGAUUCUACGACGCCAUCAAGUCAUACUAUGGACAGGUGAUGACGCUGGGACGACACUUGUUCUCGUUGUUUGCCUUGUCUCUCGGCUUGGAGGAGCACUACUUCGACGCCUUGGUCACUCAUCCCGGCGGUAUUGCACGUUUGUUAUACUACAAGGGCAUUCCAGCAGAUGCAGGAGCAGAGAAGUCAGAGGAACAAAAGGAAGAGGAAGGGAAACUUGGGUUGGGCGCACACACCGACUACGAAUGUUUCACGCUGUUGUUCAACUCGGCGAACCCGGGUCUCGAGAUUCUUUUCCCACCGUCACCCAUGACUGACAACAAGCCUAUCUGGCGACCUUGCCCCGUCAGACCAGGCACGUUUACCGUGAAUGUGGCUGAUUUCCUCAUGCGUUGGACCAACGGGCUUUACAAGUCGACUAUCCAUCGGGUCGUGAGCAAGCCUGGCGGUGGGGAGAGAUACUCGGUGCCCUACUUUUUCAGCAUCAACUAUGACAGUGAGGUUCUCCCGUUGCCGGAGCGCGUCUGUGGUAAGAGCAUGUACCCUCCAAUGAAGGUGGGAGAAUAUGUUCUGGAGAGACUGAAGGCGACUUUGGCAUAAAGGAAAAUUAGUCACAGCGCAGGAGUAAAGGAUGGGGGAUGUCAACUACUGUAGUGACGGGGUGAUCGGUGGCGUCCCCUUAGUGACAAGAUAGUAU